CGAAUACUCUUUUAGAUGGAAAAUAAUAAUUCCAAGAAGAGGGUCUCUCGCUUGUUCCUUCCAUCGUGGGGAUGCAAAACAGUAUCGGACAUUGUCAAAAACUCCAUUAUCGUCACCCAAAACCACCAAAAUGCUCACCAUACCCAACCACUCUCUUCCAUUCGCAUUCCAACACAUCCUUCUACAAUCAAAACACCUCAAAUCAAAACACCUCAAAUCGUUAGAAAACAGGUCAUGAAUGAGACCCUUCCUAAACAAUCAAAUACGAAGAACAGUUCUUCUUCAGAUGGUGCUUGGUUUAGCAGUGAAGAAGAAGAAACCUUUCAAAGCCUAUCAUCCGACGCCAAUUCGAGGUCUCGUCGCCUGAAUUUGACCACCAAUAGCCGUAAAACACCCAAACCUAGCCGGAGAAGAGUCAGCACCAGAAGCUCUGAAAUGGGUCGUUUCGCAUUCGACGUAUCGCCGAUAGAUGUUUUUGGCCGUCACGUGAGUCCUCGCCGGGAAACCGCCAAAAGCCAACCGAAAACCAGAGAUGCUCCCCGGAAAACCGCCAAAACAAGAUGGGGUACUGAAAUGGGCAGUUCCCAAUUAUUUCAGAAAAGCUUCAGGGAACCAGCCGAUUUUUAUUACGGGAGUUGUAUCCGGGAAACCACCAAAAGUCGCCGGAAAACCAGGGGGAGUGGCCGGGGAAGAAGUGUGGUUCAGUAUCCAGUAGCUGUAGACGGAAGAGUUGAAGAGAGUUAUGCAGUGGUGAAAACUUCGGGUGACCCUUACAGUGAUUUCAGGGUCUCCAUGGUGGAGAUGAUAAUAGAGAGACAGAUACUUGGAUUUGAAGAUCUUGAGAAGCUGUUGGACUGUUUUCUUUCUUUGAACUCAUCUCAUCAUCACAAGAUCAUUGUUCGUGUUUUCAGAGAGAUUUGUGAAGCUUUGUUUUCUAAUUAAAUCUUACUAAAUUGUUCAUGAAAGGGUUAAAUUACUCUGUUCUUAGUUCUGGUUUCUUUAUAUAUAUUUAAAACCAUUC